AUAAUGCGCUGAUUGCGCAGGUCUCCACUGUGAACUACGACUACGUGAAGCAAGGACGUAGUAUGUCAACCGCAAAGCAAUAAUAACUUUUAUUAUUGUUUAGAGAGUGAGUGCAGUCGGAUCAAACAGGACGGCAACCAGAAAUUACAACCAAAAAAUAGAUCUACAAAUCAGUGAAAAUGACAGAAAAUAAAUUCCAAUUCGCCAUAGACAAAGGGGGCACCUUUACAGACGUAUAUGCAAGAUGUCCUGGAGGAAAAAUUCGAGUACUGAAAUUACUGUCAGUUGAUCCGUCAAAUUAUGCAGAUGCUCCUCGAGAAGGAAUUCGCAGAAUUCUGGAACAGGAAACUGGAGUUUCAAUGAAGGGCGUGGUAGACACUUCGAAAAUUGCAUGGAUUCGGAUGGGUACAACUGUGGCAACAAAUGCAUUAUUGGAAAGAAAAGGAGCGAAAAUGGCAUUAUUAAUUAAUGAGGGCUUCAAGGAUUUACUUUAUAUUGGAAAUCAGGCACGACCGAACCUUUUUGAUUUGGAAAUAGUCACACCAGAAGUAUUAUAUUCUCAAGUAGUGGAAGUGCAGUGCAGAGUAAUUCCAGCGCUGUCAAACAGAUGUCAGUUAGAUAAAGAUAAUUGGAAAAUUGUAAAAGGUUCGACUGGAGAGGACCUGUUUCUAAAGCAAGAACUUGAUGAGGAAACUUUAAAAAAAGAUUUAUUAGAGUUGAAAAAAUUAGGAAUUCAAAGUUUGGCAGUUGUCUUGAUGCACAGUUAUACAUAUGCUGAACACGAAAUUAGAGUAGGCCAAUUAGCAAAAGAAAUUGGUUUUUCUCAAGUGUCCUUAUCCCACGAGGUGAUGCCAAUGACAAGAAUUGUGCCAAGAGGUUUCACCACAUCUGCAGAUGCUUAUUUGACACCUCACAUUAAAGAUUAUCUUCAGGGUUUCUCUUCAGGCUUUAAGGACAACUUGAAAGGUGUCAAUGUACUUUUCAUGCAGAGUGACGGCGGAUUGACUCCUAUGAAUUCGUUUAAUGGAUCCAGAGCUAUUCUUUCUGGUCCAGCUGGUGGCGUUGUUGGUUAUUCUAUGACAACUUACAAUAAAGAAACCGAUUUGCCAGUUAUUGGUUUCGAUAUGGGUGGAACUUCUACUGACGUUAGUCGUUAUGGUGGCAGCUAUGAACAUGUCUACGAAAGUACAACAGCUGGAGUUACAAUUCAAGCUGCUCAGUUGGAUGUGAAUACAGUGGCAGCUGGAGGUGGAUCUAUACUUUUCUUCAGAUCAGGUCUCUUUGAAGUUGGUCCUGAAAGUGCCGGAGCUCAUCCUGGACCAACUUGCUACAAAAAAGGUGGCCCCUUAACUGUAACUGAUGCGAAUUUAGCUCUUGGUCGUCUCCUUCCCGAAUAUUUUCCAAAAAUUUUUGGAGUAAAUGAAGAUGAACCACUAGAUAAAGCUCAAACUCUAGAAGCUUUCUCCAAAUUGACAAACAAGGUCAAUGAUUUUCUUUUAAAAGAAGGAAUAAAAGCACAACAAGAGAAAUUGAGUAUUGAAGCUGUAGCCAUGGGAUUUAUCAGAGUUGCGAAUGAGGCCAUGUGUCGUCCAAUUCGAGCUCUUACUCAGGCAAAAGGCUAUGAUACAUCUCAGCAUGUUUUGGCCUGUUUUGGUGGAGCUGGUGGGCAACAUGCUUGUGCAAUUGCAAGAUCUUUAGGAAUGGGAACAGUAUUUGUACAUAAAUAUGCAGGAAUUUUAUCAGCUUAUGGAAUGGCUCUUGCUGAUGUCGUAGAAGAAGCACAAGAACCGAGUAUAGAAGUUUAUGAAAAAGAGUCCUUUGAACGGUUGGACAAUCGUCUAAACAACUUGGAACAAAAAGUGAAAUUGAAACUCAAUAAGCAGGGGUUUCCCGACUCUCAAAUUUGUGUAGAAUAUUUUUUGCAUAUGCGAUAUGAAGGGACUGACUGUGCCCUUAUGGUUACUCCAAGCUUUAACACAAAUGCUCAAGAAGAAAGUACAAAACACGGUGAUUUUUUGACAACAUUCCUGCAACGGUACAAAACAGAAUUCGGUUUUACAAUGCCGAAGAGGAAAAUUUUUAUAAAUGAUGUUAGAGUUCGAGGAAUUGGAAAAUCGGACGUAAUUGAAGAUCCAUUAAUGCCUGCUUCUGAGCAACCACUAAAAGUAGAAAAAGUGACUAAAACCUAUUUUGAAAGUGGGUACCACGAUACAAAAGUGUACCAAUUAGAAUCCUUAUCACCUGGCCAUGUAAUAUUUGGACCAGCAAUAAUUAUGGACAGCUUAAGUACGCUUUUGAUUGAACCUGAUUGUACUGCUUCUAUUACAUCUCGAGGUGAUGUCAGAAUUACAAUUGGCCAAGGUCUUAGAAUGAAGGUCACUACACAAUUGGAUGCAAUACAACUGAGCAUUUUCUCUCAUCGCUUUAUGAGUAUUGCUGAACAGAUGGGAAGAAUUUUACAGAGGACAUCAAUUUCCACAAAUAUUAAAGAACGCCUGGAUUUCUCAUGUGCCAUUUUCGGACCAGAUGGUGGUUUAGUAUCAAAUGCUCCACAUAUUCCUGUACAUUUGGGUGCAAUGCAGGAAACGGUACAGUAUCAAAUAAAAGCAUUUAAUGGUAUAUUUGCCCCAGGAGAUUCUAUUUUAUCAAAUCACCCAUCAGCUGGAGGGUCGCAUCUUCCUGAUCUUACUGUGAUUACUCCUGUCUUUUAUAGAGACGUCCCAAAGCCAGUAUUCUUCGUUGCCAGUCGGGGUCAUCACGCAGAUAUUGGUGGUAUAACUCCUGGAUCUAUGCCGCCACAUUCAACCAAAUUGGAUCAGGAAGGUGCUGCUUUCAAGAGUUUUGUCUUGGUCCACAAAGGGGUUUUUCGAGAAAAGGAAUUGACUGAUGUCCUUAUGAAUCCAGGAGAAGUUCCAGGUAGUUCUGGUACCAGAAACUUAGCAGACAACCUUAGUGAUUUGAAAGCGCAAAUUGCAGCCAAUCAUAAGGGAUCCAAUUUAGUGAUCGAACUAAUAGAUAUUUAUGAACUGGAUGUGGUGCAAGCAUACAUGGGCCAUAUUCAACAUAAUGCUGAGGUAGCUGUUCGAGAAAUGUUGAAAGUUGUGGGCAAAAGAAUUUUUCAAUCAACUGGAUCCACCAGUGUCAAUGCUGUUGAUUAUCUAGAUGAUGGAAGUCCAAUAAAAAUGUCUCUGGAGAUUGACAUUCAAAAGGGAGAAGCCAUCUGCGAUUUUUCAGGAACUGGUUACGAAGUUUGGGGAAAUUGGAACGCACCUCGUGCCAUUACAAUAUCAGCCCUCAUUUAUUGCCUCCGUUGUAUUGUGGGAAGAGAAAUCCCCUUAAAUCAGGGUUGCUUGAAACCAGUAAAAGUUAUUAUUCCCAAAGGAUCACUACUUGAUCCUUCAGAUGAAGCGGCUGUAGUUGGUGGAAAUGUAUUAACUUCCCAGCGAAUCGUUGAUGUUGUUCUUCAAGCCUUUGGAGUCUGUGCAGCUUCACAAGGUUGCAUGAAUAAUAUCACUCUGGGAACAGAAGAUUGGGGCUAUUAUGAAACUGUUGCUGGAGGAAGUGGUGCUGGGCCAACAUGGAAUGGUCGGGGCGGAAUUCAUACGCACAUGACUAAUACGAGAAUUACAGAUCCGGAAAUUCUCGAAUUACGUUAUCCAGUUUUACUGAUGAAAUUUUCCCUCCGGAUGGGAAGUGGCGGACGUGGAGCUUUUUCUGGUGGAGAUGGUGUAAUUCGGCAAACGAUGUUCAGAGCUCCUAUGACCCUUUCAGUGUUAACUGAAAGAAGAGUACAUAAUCCUCCUGGCUUAAAAGGUGGUUUGCCAGGAGCUCGAGGCAGAAAUACAUUAAUAAAAGCGAAUGGAAGAGUUCUUAAUUUAGGAGCAAAAACUGCGGUGCCUGUCAGUGUUGGAGACAUUUUUAUUCUAGAAACACCUGCAGGAGGUGGCUACGGAAUUCCAGGCCAAAGUAUUCAACAUUUCGAGAAAACACAAAAAAGCUUUCUCGAGCGAGGCAGCGUUUAUGAAUACAGAAAAGCACAGGAAUCCGUUUAAGAUAACUUUUUAACUUUAUUCUCUUUGCAAAUACUUUCAGAAAUAUUUUUACACUGAUGUAUA